UUUGUAAUAUUCAAAGAUAUAAAUGUCUCUGUAAUUUGACUAAUUUCUCCAAAGCAACCACCGGAGCGAAGACUCGUCCCUGAACCCUAAUUCGCCGCACGCUCCACCGCCAUCAACUUCUCCGACGACAUGGCCAGACGCAACGACAGACUUCCUCCACCGGAAAAUCCAAACACCGAUUACCGGUUAAAGCGGAGAAGACCUCAUCGUUCGGGACCAUCAGAUGCUCACUUUAAACGGCGCCGGUUGGCGCCGAAGUCGGAUACUUCGACCGGAACCCACAAAUCUCACCGGUUGAACCGGUUUCAAGCCUUUAGUUCUUCGUCCCAAAAUCGUAGAAAGAAGAGAAGAGUUGGAAAAUCCGGCGGCAGCAGCAGCCGCGGAGCGUGUUCCCGAAGAUGGAUUUUUUCUUCUGCAGAUUGUUCCAACUUCAAUGAUAAGGUUACUAUAGUUUCAUACAACAUACUCGGUGUUGAAAAUGCGUCAAAGCAUCUGGAUUUAUAUGCGAAUACUCCACGUAGUUUCUUGGAGUGGGAGAGGCGGAAAAGGCUCAUAUUUGAAGAGAUCAAUACCUACAAUGCAAGCGUGUUGUGUUUCCAGGUAUUUUGAUAAUCCUUCCCUGAUAUAUUUUAUAUAUGUAUAACAUAGCACAACUAAUAAGCUUCUUGUAACUUGUGGACAUUUUACAUUUAGGAUAUACUUUUGAGCUUUGAAAGGCACUUGUUUAGCAUAUGUAUUCUUUUUAUUAGCUACAACUAUUGGUUAAAUGUAACAAAUAUUGAAUAAAUGACCAUUUGUACCCAUGAAAGAUGAUAACGCUGACAUAUGUACCCAUGAUAGAUCGAAACUGAUCUUGUACCCACGAGAGUUGCCCUCCGUGUGACAAAAAUACCCUGUUUUGGUUAAGUGCUUACUUCGUUAUUAUCCGAACCUACGUGGCACCCCAACCCUCCAAAACCCUAUCCCUCUUCAAUUCCAUUUCUAAUUUCAACCACCUAUUCCUCUUUCAUGACGGCAGCUUCCUCCUCCUCUGCCGCCACUGCUGCUCUUCCGUUACUUGGCACUAUCGCUUCAUCCCCGCGCUUUCCUUCCCAAAUCCCAACUCUCCCUCUUUUCCAAACCCCCUUCAUCAAACAGUGAGAAGCUCCAAACAAUCACAAAACAUCUAUGGGGAUGGGAAAUACCAUGCCAUGCCUCCAUCAAAAACAAGCUUUGGAAUUACUUGGCACUUUUGUCCAGAGAAAAAAAAAAAAGCACAAA